AAUAACCUACGCCUCGUAAAAAUAUAAAGAGUGUUUUUAAUUAAUUUUUAAAUGUAAAGUGUAAACAUCAGUCAUAUUCACAAUGCCUGAGGUGAUGAUAUCAGGUAUCCCUGUUAGUUUUCCAUUUGAUCCAUACGAUGUCCAGAAGGCGUAUAUGGAACGGGUGAUUGAAAGCCUGCAAAACAGCACUCAUGCUGUACUGGAAUCUCCCACUGGAACUGGAAAAACUUUGAGUUUAUUAUGUUCAUCAUUAGCAUGGCUGCUUGUGAAGAAAGCCCAGUUGCAAAUGAAUGCCCAAUUAGGAAAUUUUACGGAGCACAGCGGUGGUGGUUUCAGCGGUUCCCUGCGAGAUAAUCUGAAAUCAGGAGCGGGAAAAGCAAAGGACAAUGUAUCUUGGGGUAUGCCUAAAAUUAUAUAUUCAUCCAGAACUCAUUCUCAACUCACACAGGCUAUGCAGGAGUUGAAAAGAUCUAGCUAUAGACAUGUAAAGGCCACAGUACUGGGAUCAAGGGACCAAAUGUGCAUACAUCCUGAAGUUUCUAAAGAAUCUAAUAACAUGAACAAAGUACACAUGUGUCAAUUAAAGGUCAAAUCCAAGACAUGCUUCUUUUACAAUAAUGUGGACUCAAAAAAGGAAGAUAGAUCUGUCAGAGGUGAUGAAAUACUGGACAUUGAAGAUUUAGUAACUGUUGAUCCAAAAUCAAGGAAGGCUAAUGGAGUAGAAUUGAUUAACAAUAUAAUAAUACUUGAUGAAGCCCAUAAUGUGGAGAAGAUGUGCGAGGAAUCAGCAUCUUUACAAAUCAGGAGCACAGAUGUAGCAUUAUGUAUAGAUGAAAUAACACAUGUAAUGAGAUCUUUUAGUGAAAACUCUGAAGAGCAGUUGGAUUUAACAGUUGAUAAUAAUCAGCCAAAAGACUUCACUUGUGAAGAUUUAUGUGUUUUGAAAGAAAUCAUGCUUGCUUUAGAAAAGGCUAUAGAUGAAAUAAGUGUUGGCAGUGAAGGUACUACUUUCCCUGGAGGUUUUAUAUUUGAAUUGUUAGCUAAAGCUGAGAUUAGAGAUCACAACCAAAUGGCUGUCAUCACUUUACUAGGAAACCUUGUUACAUACUUGUCCACUGCAAGUGCCUCACCAUUUCAAAGAAAGGGAGUUGGUCUGCAAAAGUUUGUAGACUUGUUAAAUGUUGUAUUUAGUGGCACAACACAUUCAUACAAAGAAAGAGUUAAAAUGUGCUAUAAAGUCCAUGUUCACAUUGAAGAUAAGAAGAAUAAAAAAUCUGAUAGUUGGGGUGCACUUAAGGUUGGAAAUGCAAAAUCAGCUGAGCGGGUUCUCAGCUACUGGUGCUUCAGCCCUGGGUUUGGAAUGAAGCAGCUAUUAGAUCAAAAUGUUAGGAGCAUUAUUUUAACUAGUGGAACUUUAGCACCUUUGAAGCCAUUAAUAUCAGAAUUAGGAAUUCCAAUUGGUGUUCAGCUGGAAAACCCUCAUAUAGUCAAUGGCAAUCAGAUAUGUGUGAAAAUAAUCAGCCAAGGCCCUGAUACAACUCCUCUUAAUUCAAAUUACCAGAAUAGAGACAAUCCAAAAUAUAUUUCAUCUUUAGGAAGAACAAUAUUAAGUUUUACCCGGGUGGUGCCGGAUGGUUUGUUAGUUUUCUUUCCUUCAUAUCCAAUCAUGACCAAGUGUCAAGAAGCAUGGCAAUCUGAAGGUAUUUGGUCUAGUAUCAACAACAUCAAGCCCAUUUUUGUUGAGCCUCAAAGAAAAGAUACAUUCAAUGCUGUCAUCAGUGAUUUCUAUGGCAAAAUAAGUGAUCCUAGCACUAAAGGAGCCUGUUUUAUGGCAGUUUGCAGAGGAAAAGUUUCUGAGGGCUUAGAUUUUGCUGAUAUGAAUGGUAGAGCAGUGAUUAUAACUGGAUUGCCAUUCCCACCUCUGAAAGAUCCUAGAAUUAUACUUAAAAAGAAGUAUCUAGAAGAGCUUAGGGUUCAUAACAAAGAAUUUCUAUCUGGAGAUGAAUGGUAUUCUCUAGAAGCUACUAGAGCAGUCAACCAAGCUAUUGGAAGAGUUAUAAGACACAAAAACGAUUAUGGAGCAAUAUUACUUUGUGAUGGCAGGUUUAACAGUCCUAAGUUGAAAAGUCAACUGUCAGCAUGGUUGAGAGAUCAUAUUAAUGUAUCAAACAAGUUUGGUGAAACUGUAAGUGAGAUUUGUCGGUUUUUCAAAACUGCAGAAGCGACCUUGCCUUCACCUAAACUAAAACCAUUGCUUCCUAAUGAAGACAAUAAAGGAUAUAAAAACUAUGAGCCCAACAAUGUUGGUGGGGUAUCUUUUCCUACAACUAGCACUAGAAUUGUCAACAAAGGCACUAAGAAGGCAGUAAGUCAAUAUCCUAAUUCAAAUGAGGUGUAUGCUGAUUUUUCAAUGGAUUUUUAUAAGAAUGCUCAAGCAUCAGCCUAUGUGAAUGAAUUCAAACCAAAAGAAGCAAAGGAUCUUUUUAGUGCUUUAGAUAGUAGUAAAAAUACAUCACAGGCUUCUUCUCAAUCAUUGGUUACAAUUCACAAGAGGAGUGCAGAAGAAUCCAAUGUUGCUUCAAUAGCCAAAAGAAAAAAGUUGAAGAUAAAGCCCUUUGGUUUUGAGGACAAUUUGAAAAGUGGUGAAAUUACAAAUAUUUCUGCACCAGAAAAAGUGGCCCCAACAUCAUUGAUAGACUUUGUGAAGGAAAUAAAAGUACUUUUACAGGCUGACCAGUAUAAAUUAUUUCAAACAUCAAUUUCAGCUUAUAAAAAGGAUGGAAAUUAUGAAAUAUUUUUAGAAGUGUUGAAAAAUGUCUUUCAGAACAGAAAAAUGUUUUAUUUAUUUAAAGGCAUGAAGAGAUUUUUAAAAGAAGACCAUAAAAGUACUUUUCAAGAAUACUGUGAUAGUGUAAAUUUUAACUGUUGACCCAGUUUUUAGAGAAUUUGAAUUAUUAUUUAAAUUGGGUUU